AUGGAAAGUGAAAGGGAAAGUGGUAUGAAGAAAAAAAUCAAACUGAAAGUAGUGAAAUUUGUCAAAUCAUCGGAAAUCACCACAGUACCAGAAAAUUGGUUAAAAGAACAAGAUGAAGAUGCAGAAGAGAGUGAACAAAUUGUUAAAUGCUCGUGGCCAAACAAGAAAAGCGAGUAUGAAAUACAGGCGAUGAUAGAGAAAAGCAUAGACACAUUGCUAGAAGCUAAAGCCAAAGAAAAAAUAGCUUCUUCGGAUGAAAACUGCACUGAUAUUGACGCAAAGUACGAUCGUCAAAUGAAGGAAGCGCAAGAAAGGUUGACAUUGAAGUCCAAGAGGAAUCGAAAACGAAAGAAGCACGACGAUUACGUAUACGAUGCUGAAGUUGAUUCGUCCGAUUCUGAAUCAGACGAAUCAAGUGACCGUACCGGCGAAAAUGAUGGAUCAAACGUGCCUGAGGAGACGCCGCCCCGCGUGCCGCAAGACCAAAUCUUUAAACCUCAGGCAAGCUUUGCAACUAACAAUGAAUCGAUGGAGGAUGGCGACUCGAUGAAUGAAGAUGAUCUCUUGCACAAGAAGAAAGAUGAAUUUGAUAACAUACAGGACAACGCUGUUGGUGAUGGUACCAUUGCGCUUGAAGAGGAAAAUAUGGAUGAAAUUACCAAUGUUCUGGCUGAGACUCAAGAUUCACCCAAAGGACCACUUGAAACACUUGAAAAUGAAGAAGCUUUUCAUACAUCUCAAGCACCAUCGGGUCAACAAAAAUCUACAAGUAACGAGGAUUUAUCCAAAAGUGAAAGUACCACUGAAGGCAAACCUUGGAACAUUGUUCAAUUGUUGAAGUGGCGCGAUCUAACGGUGGUUCCAUCCAUCUGGGUAUCCAAAGAUAAAACGACUACCCGUUGGCCUCCCGAUGAAUCAAAAAAUCUUGUACGCAAUUACAUUGUUCAACGUGUAAAACCUUGUGACGACUGGAGAACCAUAAGUAUCAAGCAAUUCAUCGAUUCUGCAGAAACAUAUGCCUUGGCAUGCGAGUUUAUUGACAAGAAAGAAAAAGAUCUUGAAAAAGAUAAGAACUCACUAAGGAUUUCAAGUGAUAUUCACAUGGCCAACUCAACAGUAAAGGAGGACUUUUCGCCGAAAGAUUUUUUAAACAUAGACGAAAACGAUCUCAAUGCUAUGAAUUCAGACGAGAUGUUUAAGUGUACUUUGCUUGGUGUCCAAGAGGUUUGUUGUAAUCAGCAUCGUAUUUCGGAGGAUUUAAAAUUUCAAGCAAUUGCAGGAAAUAAUUCUGCACUUGCAUAUACAUCUUCUCCGGCGUCUUCAGCCUACAAACUAGAUAAAGUUAGAGAAGAUUUUCCAGCCACAUCUUUGAGACACUUCAAAGAAAAUGAAACCAAAUUAGAGAAUGAAGCAUACGCUGCCGCAGUUACCGAAUUUUUGCGCGAUCUUGGCGGACCUACCGGGCAUAGGCGUGUUCACACCAUGCUCAGUCGAACUGUGAGUGACAAAGUUGGCUCUUACUUUACAUUUCUCGGCAUGAGCAACACGAAAAUUAAUUUUUCUGCACAGAAAAUCUGGAAAAUUAUCAGAGGUAUGUAUUUAUUAGAAUAUUGUGCAUCAAACAUCUACAGCAUUUAUCUUUUACCUUAUGCUCUUGAAGAUAUUGCUGUGGAAGCACACAAACAUCAGGGCUAUACAUUCGAUGCAGCAGGUACAAGCUGUGGCGCAUGGUUGAGACAAGUACCAUUUAAUUUGGAGAAAAAAAGGAAAAGAAAUGCAAAAAAAAAAAAGCUGACCCUUGAAGAUAUGAUUCAUGAAGAAGAAAAUGAAGACUGA